GGUAGGGAGGUGCUGGAAGAUUACGCAGCCUCUGUGACUAUACGAGGUCUGAUGCAUGCCAAUAGAGGUAUUGUUUCUAGUGGUGGAUGGCGUCCAUUCACACGACCUCAGUGGUAUAGUGUACACAAGGAAACUCGACAGAAUGUGCUAGGUCUGAAGGAUGAAUACCAGAUAUCCUUACUGACUUUGGAGGAACUUACAACAGUCAUGGUUCCACUGAAGGCCAAAAUUUUGACUAGUGAAGGGAGAGGUCAUCACUCCCUUACAAAAACAGUGGGUCUGUUCUCCCAAGUCCAGCUAAGAAGCAUUGGUGAGAGAAUAGGGGAACAAGACAUUGAUGUUUCUAUUACAGAGGAUGAGGAGUAAGGAAAGUGGCCUCUAGAAGAGACUCUCACUCAUAUUUUCCAACAAAGAACUAAUUGCAAAUAACCAGGAUGAUCAGAGGAAGAUUUUAGGAUAGAUGACUAUGAUGAUGAGUAGUAGCUUUGCAUUCUUCUGUUUGUCUUAAAAGAUGUACACUCUGUAAAGUGGUAAAAAAUAAUUUAAAUGUAACUUUUUCACAUAUUCAUACAAGUGUAUGCUGUAUUUACAUAGAUAUGCAUUAUAGCAUUAAUACUUUGGUAAAUACUGUACAUGUGAUCCCCUCUAGGGAGGUGCCUGGAACCUAGGAACUGGAUUUGUCCUCCCCUUGGAUCAAACCUGAAUGCUUCCCAUUCCCCAGGCAUUAUAUGACCUGUAUGGGUUUAAGCUUCCCUCCUGAUUAAAAUAAAAUGUUCGUGUGACCUGAUGUCUGAUGCUACCAGUAAAAAAACAGGGUUA